CGGGCCGGGGCUGCCAUGGCCGCGUUGGUGCUGCGAGCGGGGCCCAAGCUGCUGAGGGAGCGGCGGGGCCGGGGGAGGCUCGGGGCAGCGGGGCCGGGGCGGGCAUCGCCGUGCUUGAUCAGAAGAACAUUGUUUGGAUAUCCCCUAACUAAAGCAGGUUCUGGUCUGGUUCAAAAGACUAGAGAUGUUUGUUUGAGGUUCUGCAAACCACAAAGUUCUACAGCAGCUGCUGACACAUCUGGAGAGGAUACCUUGCUGAAAUGGGGCCUUCUCCUGAUCCCUCUGACCACCUUUGGUCUUGGCACAUGGCAGGUUCAGCGGCGCAAGUGGAAAUUAGAUUUGAUUGCACAACUGGCAUCAAGAAUCACAGCAGAUCCCAUUCCUCUGACAUUAGACCCCAUGGAACUGAAGGAGUUGGAGUACAGACCUGUGAAGGUCCGAGGGCGUUUUGACCACUCCAAGGAGCUCUACAUCCUGCCCCGCUCCCUGGUGGACCCCGAGCGCGAAGCCCGGGAAGCCGGGAGGAUCACAUCCCACCCGGAGAACGGAGCCAACGUCGUCACCCCCUUCUACUGCACAGAGCUCGGGGUCAUGAUUUUGGUCAACCGAGGAUUUGUGCCCAGGAAGAAAUUGAAACCGGAGACCAGGCUGAAGGGACAGAUUGAAGAUGAAAUUGAUCUCACUGGGGUGGUAAGGUUAACAGAAAAAAGGAAACCCUUUGUGCCUGAAAAUAACAUUGAAAAAAACCGCUGGCACUACCGGGACCUGGAGGCCAUGGCCAAGGUGACCGGUGCUGAGCCCAUCUUCAUCGAUGCAGAUUUCAGAAGCACAGUCCCGGGGGGGCCCAUCGGGGGCCAGACCAGGGUGAGCCUGCGGAACGAGCACAUGCAGUACAUCGUCACCUGGUACAGCUUGUGUGCUGCAACUGCCUUUUUGUGGUACAAGAAAUUUAUACAGAAGCUACCUUUGUGAGGGCUGGGAAGUAACUUUGUGCUACAGUCAAGAGCAGACUUUUACAGAUGACAGGAGCCUGAUCAGUCCUAAAUAACUGAAAGCACCUGGAAUUUCAGAGCAGUUUCAGCAAACACGUGCAGCUACCCCUGCAAACUGAGCUCCCACCAGUGUGAUUUCAGCUUGGGAGCACUGAACUUCAACAUGAAUCACAAGGAUACGUUUUUCUGUCAUGGUUGGUUGGAAGCUACAUUUUAACAUCUGCACUGUUAUUUUCUUUAAGAAAAAUCCAAAGGAUUUUGUGAAUCAGCCUUUUUGCAGCAAGUAGUCAUUCCUGAAGUCAGGAAUGGCUCACAGCAGUUGCAGCAGAAUAAAUAAAGGCCUGCAGGUCUUUGCCUUGUGA